UAUUAUUAUAAAAUAUUUUAUCAAAGAAGUGUUAUAUUUGGAGAUGAAGCAGGUAAUUCUUCAACAUUUCAUGUAGCAACAAAUAUAUUAGAUAUGCUAUCAAAAAAUGAUAAUGAAGAUAACAAUGAUAGCCAACAUAAUGAUAUAUAUG